UAGCCUACAAAAAAAGUUUUAUAUUGACAAAAACAGAUUUAAAAAGCUACCGCACUGGACUACAUUGUUGGAUUUAACUAAAUGUGUUCAUAUUUACUGUCUAAGUAGAUUCUAGAUCUAGAGAAUUAAAACAUAAACAUUUGUGACAAUACAUGUCUAUAUUUCUUCUAGUACGGAGUGAUACAUAGGACGGAAUAAAUACAGUUCCCUUUAUUUUGUGGUCAACAUUUCUUGGAAAAGUAUUCUUUAUCUUUAACUUGUUUCGUGGCAAUCUCCCACAAGGUGUCAAGGGCCGCAUGUCACGGGCCGCAUGGUGCGCUAAAAAUUCGUCAGUUUAAUGAAACUGAACUUCAGCGUCUGCACAGCAUCAAGGGUUGAGUAUGGCCUGAGAUCUGUUGCAUGGAUAUCACUGAUCUAGAUAAAAUAUUUUGUUUCUAAUGAGACCUAUUCUGUUGAAUGAUCACACCUACCAGCAACAAAGUUUUGAAACGUCGUGAAAUUGUGGACGUGUUCUUCGCCUCAACUUGACAGAUCUAAGACAUUUCUGGAAGGUUUCAACUCUAAUUGCCUGAACUAUCCUAAUUGUGUAAUAAAGUGUCCCUCUCAGACUGUCCUGAUGGAGAAGUCUAAGCAUUUUAUAUCCUCUAGACGUAGACCUCUAAAACGAAAUGUAGAACUUUGCUAUAUUUUUUUUUUUAAAUGAGAAGUAAGUUUAGCACAGAUAUGUCCAAACCAUGUCCUGACUACGUUUCUUCGACCACUUCCGCUCCGUGACGCAGUUCAAUCCAGCCCCUCCAAACGUUUGUCCGGGGGGGGGGGGGAAGGCAUAAUACAGUCGCAGAAAAUCAGUUCCAGUAGUCUCGACAUGUUUGUUUGUGUGUGAAACAUUCUCUAUACCCAGCUUACCCAGGACAAAAGAGACCACUGGUUUAUCUAUACCCAGCUUACCCAGGACAAAAAGAGACCACUGGUUUAUCUAUACCCAGCUUACCCAGGACAAAAAGAGACCACUGGUUUAUCUAUACCCAGCUUACCCAGGACAAAAAGAGACCACUGGUUUAUCUAUACCCAGCUUACCCAGGACAAAAAGAGACCACUGGUUUAUCUAUACCCAGCUUACCCAGGACAAAAAGAGACCACUGGUUUAUCUAUACCCAGCUUACCCAGGACAAAAAGAGACCACUGGUUUAUCUAUACCCAGCUUACCCAGGACAAAAAGAGACCACUGGUUUAUCUAUACCCAGCUUACCCAGGACAAAAAGAGACCACUGGUUUAUCUAUACCCAGCUUACCCAGGACAAAAAGAGACCACUGGUUUAUCUAUACCCAGCUUACCCAGGACAAAAAGAGACCACUGGUUUAUCUAUACCCAGCUUACCCAGGACAAAAAGAGACCACUGGUUUAUCUAUACCCAGCUUACCCAGGACAAAAAGAGACCACUGGUUUAUCUAUACCCAGCUUACCCAGGACAAAAAGAGACCACUGGUUUAUCUAUACCCAGCUUACCCAGGACAAAAAGAGACCACUGGUUUAUCUAUACCCAGCUUACCCAGGACAAAAAGAGACCACUGGUUUAUCUAUACCCAGCUUACCCAGGACAAAAAGAGACCACUGGUUUAUCUAUACCCAGCUUACCCAGGACAAAAAGAGACCACUGGUUUAUCUAUACCCAGCUUACCCAGGACAAAAAGAGACCACUGGUUUAUCUAUACCCAGCUUACCCAGGACAAAAAGAGACCACUGGUUUAUCUAUACCCAGCUUACCCAGGACAAAAAGAGACCACUGGUUUAUCUAUACCCAGCUUACCCAGGACAAAAAGAGACCACUGGUUUAUCUAUACCCAGCUUACCCAGGACAAAAAGAGACCACUGGUUUAUCUAUACCCAGCUUACCCAGGACAAAAAGAGACCACUGGUUUAUCUAUACCCAGCUUACCCAGGACAAAAAGAGACCACUGGUUUAUCUAUACCCAGCUUACCCAGGACAAAAAGAGACCACUGGUUUAUCUAUACCCAGCUUACCCAGGACAAAAAGAGACCACUGGUUUAUCUAUACCCAGCUUACCCAGGACAAAAAGAGACCACUGGUUUAUCUAUACCCAGCUUACCCAGGACAAAAAGAGACCACUGGUUUAUCUAUACCCAGCUUACCCAGGACAAAAAGAGACCACUGGUUUAUCUAUACCCAGCUUACCCAGGACAAAAAGAGACCACUGGUUUAUCUAUACCCAGCUUACCCAGGACAAAAAGAGACCACUGGUUUAUCUAUACCCAGCUUACCCAGGACAAAAAGAGACCACUGGUUUAUCUAUACCCAGCUUACCCAGGACAAAAAGAGACCACUGGUUUAGUACAUUUGUUACUGAAGCUACAGCAAAACUUAAAGAGAUGACUGGUAUAAGUCAACGGCAGAAGCGAUCAGAUCAGUUAGAUCUUGCAACAAUUGCUUGUGGUUUAUUGUCUUAUGAAGCAUAUGGAAAUUACAAUGAUACCACAGAUAACUUUAAUACCUUUCAGCAAACAGACUCAAUAUUUCAUGAACAUGGUUCAGUUAUGGAUGCUAAUUAUUUUGGGAACAUGUGUGAUGUUUCUUCUGAAAAUUUAACUUCUAACACACCCAGUGAAUCAAUGUUACAUCUAGAUGUACAUAACUUACAGACUUAUCCUAUGAAUAGUUUGUUCAUUGAUAGUAAAGACAUGCAAGAGCCAUCAAGUUUUGUGCCUUCAUAUUUGCAUAGUGCCCAAAGCUCUGAACAUACAGCUCUAAAUGGUCUUUCUAGGGAUCACUCACAUCAUACGUCACCAAAACUUCUCAGUCAAAAGCCUGUACAUCUAAAUUCAUAUACGACUCCCAAUAACAGCGUUUUAAAAUCUAAACCAGAGCUUUUGUCCACCAUGAGAAGCAAACAUAAUAGUGGGCAGUUAUUUGCACCUGACAAUUGUUACAAUAGUCUCAAUCAGUCCAGCAUUGGUGAGCUCUGGGGGAAUAGCAAUGUGACACCAGAAACAUGGGCCCUGAAUCAGCACUUAUCUCAUAGCCCUGUAAAUAACACUAAACUUUUAGAUGCAGCCAAUGUCGAGUCCAAUUUACACAGCACUAGUAGCAGUGAUGUUAGAUCAACACAGAUCAAGAAAAGAAAUAGACAUUCGAGGAAGAAAAGAAACAAAACAACAUCUGAGUGUAGUGGUCAGGGCAAUUAUUUACCUGAAAUUGGUGUGAAAGAAGAUAGAUUAGUGACUGGAAAUAGCAGUGUGGUCGAUUCAUAUAAUAUUGAUCAUUUUGGCUCAUUGGAGCCACACGGAGCUAACACUGGCUCUUUAGUGGACCCUCAUAAGAAUAGAUCAGAAGAAAGGCUGGAAGACAGUGUGAGUCGUUUUAUUGAUUCAAGUGCUUUUUCAGUAAAGUCUAGUAAUAAUGAAAUGAGAAGUUUACCACAAGGUACAGAACUUACUUGUAAUAAUUUUCUAAUAGAAAAUUCUGGGUUGCCUUCUCCUGGUCUCAAGUCCCCUGAUCAUGAUAAGAGCCUAUCAUCAAUGUUGGAUAGCAAAAAACAAUCUAAUCCAGAUCUAGUACCUGCUGAAACUUGGUCUGGUAGUCAUGACAACAGCCUUCCUUACUCUUAUGACCCACUUGACCCAUUGGGCUGGAAUGUUUUUUUAACCAAUCAUUUCAACUCUGAACCUAAGACUCAGAGGUUAAAAGAAAAAGGUCAUGCAGCUGAUAAGAAACAGUCAAAUGUACAGUCAAACUCUAAGCCUCCUUGGGCAGAAAGUGACAACACAGCCAAGCCACGCGUAUUGAAAGUAUCUCCAUCAAAAUCUAAGUCAAGUAGACUUUUAUCUAAACCUAGAAUUACAGUAUCCCCUUUGUCUCUGACUUCUACAGCAUUCACUUCAACAGCAGCAUCAGAUGCUAGGCAGACAGGAGUGAUUAAUUCUCAAGAAAAUAAAGCAGUCAGCAUGGAUCACCUAGUUACUUUGGAGGCUGAAACCUGUGUCAUAAAAACACCCGGUGAAUUUAUGAGUGUUGGUGACAGGGCCAAAAGGAGGUGGCCCAAUGGACGCAUAUCAAGUAUCAACUCUGCUAAAGAUGCCUCACCUCCUGCAGUUGUGAUGUCUCAGGCUCAAAUAGCUCGAGGGGUCAGUAAAGUGAAGCCUCCAUUGCUGGCACCAGAGCCUGACAGGGACUACAGGAAUAGGAUAAGCAUACGUGGCAUCAAGUCUCCCAUUGAUAUCAUAGGCAUGUAUGUUUCAGAAAAGCAUCCAGUGCUGGUAAUAAUUAGAGGAUUACCAGGAAGUGGGAAGUCCUAUCUGGCAAGGUUACUAAUGGAAAAGGCUUCUAAAAUGGGCAGUCAGGGUGUCAUCCUUUCUACUGAUGAUUUUUUCAUGAAACAGGAUGUGUAUGUCUACAACAAAAGUGAUUUGGGCACGGCGCAUGAUUGGAAUAAACAGAGAGCACUUACCUAUGUUAAAGAGGGUAUAUCACCAAUCAUUAUUGACAAUACAAACACAACUCUCUGGGAAUUCCUGCCCUAUGCUGAACUAGCUUUAAACCACAAGUAUGAUGUUCAGAUUAUGGAGCCAAACACUGAAUGGAAGUCUAAAGUCAUAGAACUGAGUCGUAAAAACACUCAUGGCGUGGCUAAGGAGCACAUAGUCAGGAUGAAGGAAAGAUAUGAAAAAGUCACACUUGAAGCUCUCAUUAAGGCUGCUGGCGCAUCUUUAAAAAAGAAGAAUGGUCACUCUUCAGUAGAGACCCAAGCUUUGAUAAGUCAGCCUCAUCAAGAAAGUCAAAAAGUCACACAUGGGAUAAAACCUCAUCUGAAUGUAUCACAUCAAGGGAGUCUCUUGCAAGGUCCAAACCUUGGUGCUGUUUAUGGAGAAAGUAAUAAAAUUAUAGUCCCAAAGAAAACUUCUCAGAAACAUUUGAAAGCUAAUCGGCAAACUGUGACAGCUUCAUUGCAGAAUACAGAAUUAGGCAGAAACUCUCAGACUCCUCCCUGGUAUCAACCAAUGGGGUCUCAGCCAAACAUGGUGCAUCAGGUUUCUCCCACUAACAAGCAUCAGGAGGUCACCACCGGCAUAGAACCUGAUGUAAAGCCUCAAGAGUCUGAUCUCCCCCCGCUCAAUAGCUUUCAUGAAACUUUCUCUGAGUGGUGCAGUGCCAAAGGUCAAAGGACACGCAGGUCACAGAAAAAGGUUGAGACUGUAAACAAAACAGAGGCCAGUCCAAGUAAGAUAACUCCAGAAUUUCUGAGCCUGUCACUGAAAGAAGCCUGGGGUAACUUAAGUAAUGAAAAAUGUGUGCUGAUAGAUAAGUGUGUUAGUGCAUCGAAUACAUUAAAAGAUGUUGGCAGUGAUGUGCUCUCACAGUUAGACAGUCUGAGUCAAGCAGUCAAGAGUUUGUCAGUGAAUGAUACCAAUAGAUCAUCAAAACCUCUGGAUGCAAGUAAGGAUUUUAAUCCAACGCAUGAAGAAAGUUGUGCUGGUAACGUUGCCAGCAAUGAAAAGGACAUUGAUGUCAAUAUAGAAGAUGGCUAUGAUGAUAUCAAUGACUACAUUGAAGACUCACCUUUGAACUUGGUGGAAAGUAGUUCCCACUUUGACAACUCUUACAGUACUGGUGACUCCUCAAUAGCCUGCUGCAGUAGUGAAGAAUCUAUGGUGAACAAAUAUAACAAAGACAUUUUUGGUGUGGGAGGUGAGAGUGAAUUCACAGUAGACGUUCUAGCUCAAAGUGAGUUUCCUCAGUUGAAGCUGGAUAUUGUAACUGAUCAGGUUACAGAAGAAGUUGUCAACACUCCUGCAACUGUUGUUAGUGCUUUUGAAUUUAACCCUAGACCAGCUAUGAACAUCCAGGAGGAGGCUGUCAAAUAUUUCAUGAAUCCAGGAAGUGUUAGUAGCUCAUCUAGCAUCUCCACUCUUUCAAAUGAGUCCAGCGAUAAAGAUGUUGACACCACUAGUUCCUUCAUUGCUACCUCUUCAUUGUCAACAUCAUCGUUAUCUUCUGCUGACCAUAAUCUUAUGCAUGAUCAACCUAAGACUUCAUCGGAUGCUUGCGUUGAUGUAGAUACCAACCAUGUGAGUAGUUUUGCUGGCUCCACUGUUCAGACAUGUUAUCUGGCAUCUCCUUUGGUCAGCUACACUGAUUCUGAAGAGGAAGACCACUCUGCAACUGAUGGACUUGGUGUAAGAGAGUCUAAACAUGUGGAAGAAGGCAAAACAAAUCCACCACAUAGCGACUCUAAUAACAUGCUAUUAUCAUCAGAACAUAAAAACAGCGCAGAGAAUUCUGCUUCAAGCAGGGAACAGAGUCCACCAUCAGAUAGAAACUCUCAGAUAAAACCACAAAAAAAGAAAAGACAAAGAAAAGGGAGACAAACUGAACCAUUCAUUGAAGACUCCCUGAAGGCAAAGUCUAAAUUACAAAACUGGAGCACUUUUUACAAGCAGCACACAGAUGGCCUGGCCCCCUCUGAAGAGACUCCCAUCUUGGAAAAGAUGCAUCCAUCCAGCAGUCCUGUGUCACCAUUAACAGAAACCAAAGCAUCUUCUACACAGAGUGAGCCAUACAUUUUUAGCCUCUUAUACAAAGUCAACUCUAGCGCCUUCAAUAAGUUCCAGCCUAUAGAUUUAUCCCUGAGUAAUAUUACCCUAGUGAAUGUUUCUUCCAGUGUCAAUAGAAGAAAAAGUUCCAAAAAUGAAGUCAUCCUUAGAAAAUCUGGCACCAUGGACAGAAGCACCAACACAGAUGAUGCCUUGGAAAAAGAGGAAAUUGAUUUAGAGACAUUGCAGAAUUGUUUUCCAGAGUACUCUAAACGCCAUUUAGAAGAGGUCAUGAACCUUUAUCACAAUGACAUUGAGUGGGUCAGCAGUUACCUAUUGGAAGCUCCGGCAUUCUCUGACCUGGUCAAAGAUGAGAAUUCUGAGGAUCAGCUGCCUCCUGAAAAGCCAAAGAUCAACACGUUAAAGUCUCUGGCAGAACUAUGUAGCUCUGUUGCACGUCACAACAAUCACUUAGAUCAGGAUGACAUUGAAAUGAAGGUCAUUCAGGCAGGAGAAAACAGGCUUCAGAAAAUUGAGAGCUUUGGCAGGUCUCGCCUUCUUAGCACAGAAAGGGGCCAAUACUACGACAGUUGGGAGGAUCGCUUCGUACUAGAAGAUUUUCAAGGAACAGUUGCAAGCAAAGAUUGCUGGAGCAGUUCACCAAUGACCCACUAUAAUGUAGAUCCCCCAAACUAUAAUAUUUUUAGUAAUAUAGCAAAAACUCCAAACAAUGAUGUGGAGACAUCAUCUAACUCAUCAAGAGAAGAUAACCUAGUCUCAUAUUGUAUUCUAUCUGGGCGCGGUGGAGAUACCACUACAGAUCCUACUGACCAGCCUUAUCAAACUGAGGCCAAAACAUCACAGGACAUGCCAGUACUUCCUAUCAACUUGAUCAGAUCUCUAGAACAGUUGUAUGGCUCCUUGGAUUUACCUCUUGAUAAUGAAGGUUUCACUCUGGAUGACAAAACUGCCAGGAAGAUUCACAAAUGCCUGAAGCUGUUUUCUGUGAAGAAGGUUAUUAAAGUUACCCCUGACAUUAAAGAGCGGCAGUUGAAAAAUGAUGAAGCUUUAGCUCGAGCUCUCCAAGAAAAAGAAAAUGCCAAAAGUGCUUCAAAAAAUACCCAGAAAACAUCAUUGAAUCAAAAUCAUAGUGUUCCUGGCUGGACCAAUCAGAGACCACCAUGGAUGUAUGAAUCUACAAAUUCCCCUAGUUCAGAAAUGAAGAUCUCAGGCAAUAACAGUAGCUCUUUGAAUCUCAAUAGGCCAGGAUCUGUUGCAGACACAUUAAAUUUAUUGAGAGGAACAGUGGGGAAAAAAGUAAAGCCAUUUAAAUUUCAAAAAAAGAUGCCGAGAAUUGCAAUGAAAUCUGUUUGGUCUGGGGUGAAGAGAAGGCAUCAGGCAGACUCUUUACUUUCUAUCAUGGAGGAAGAGAAGGCAAGGGAGGAAAGCCAAAAAGAGCAGAUGAGACUGAUAGAGUUGACUGGAGACUCCCAGGCAUUGGCUACAAGAAUCAAGAGAAUGGAGCUGUCUCAGUUGUAUCCCAGCCUGGGGCCUGAUUUCCUGGAGGAAGUCUUCAUGGAUGCUGGCUACUCAAUAGAAGAAACAGUCAGAGUGUUAGAGGCAGCUUACAACAUAUCUCCAGCUCCUAUGUCUAAAGAAAGACAAGAUGAAAUCCUGGAACAGAUGAAAGAGAGAAACCAGCAGUAUUAUUACCCCCAGUAUGUCAGUGAAAGAGAUGCCUAUGACCACUAUGACUAUCUGGAUGAUGUCCCCUGGAGCUACGAGGACUUGCGAAAUGAUGCCAAUGUUUACCAUAACCUGGCUAAGGAAUGUAAAGACCAGGCCAAUAGAUACACAGCUGAUGGGAUGCCCAGUGCAGCAUUGUUUUACAGACAGAAGGCUAAAGAUUAUAAAGAACGAGAGUAUGCUACAAAUCACAAAGCAGCAGAAAUCUUGUUUGAUAAAGGGAGGGAAAGGCUGGCUAAAGAAAAUACUUUGGACCUUCAUUUUUACCAUUUGGAUGAAGCAUUGAUUGCUGUCAACAGAGCUGUCUCAUUAAAAGAAGAAGAAUAUCGUCUCAGAAAGGACAAGAAAAAUACUUAUGUGAAUAUAGUCACUGGCCGUGGACGCAACAGUAAAGAUGGUGUGCCUAUUUUAAAGCCAGCUGUCAUAAAUCAUCUGCGAGAUAGAUGCUUCAGAUUUGAGGAGAAAUCGCCUGGAAUGCUCAAAGUUUACAUAGGACAAAGAAUUUGAUUGGUAAAUAUUAUAUGAGAAUGACACUCAUCAUCAGGAAUUAAAGACUUGAUGUUUAUAAUUGUACUCAUCAUCAGGAAUUAAAGACUUGAUGUUUAUAAUUGCCAACACAUUUACUGCAUCUAGCAGAGGAUCAGAUUAUAGAAUUCUACAAAUAUUUUGUCCAGGCACUAGAAUGUUUUUGUGUCCCUCAAUGAUCUCUUUCUCUCAGUGUGUUUGUAACAUUGUAUCAUUUGUUAUGUUUAAAGUGAUUUCUAGUCAUUAUUAUGAAAACACAGAUAGCUAGUCCUUGAUUUAAUGGAGAUUAAAGCUUUUCUGUUAAUGCACUGUUUGCCAGUGAUUAGAUGAUUAUGAUUAGAUUAUACAAGAAAAACCACAUCUUAUCAUUUUCUGCUCGUCUUCAAUCAUCUCAUAGUUUUUAAACCAUAACAAAGUCUUGGGACCCUAGCUGUUAUAAAAUAUGGGUCUCAACACUAUUUGACAAGAGUUAAUUCUCCUCUUUUUUUUUGUUUUCAUUUUUCUAAACCUAACUAAAUUAAUUUCCAGGUAUUAUAGAAGUUUUACUUCUUACAUUUUCUGUAUUAUCUCUUUAUGGAUGUCGACUUUUUUAAUCAAUGGAAUUAUUUGUACCAUGUCUGCUCUUUAACUAUUAUCUAUAGUUCUUUCAACAACAUAUUUUUCCAUUACCAGUAAAUUUUCUAUAAAAAAAAAUAAUGUGAAAUGCCUUGUUGAGGUGUUUUUUUUUCCCCUUUUAUGAUGAAUUUAUAAUCUUCACUAAUGUUUAAUAAUUGAAAUCAUUAUAAUUUUUUUAAUGAACUUUUUUUUUGAUGUUCACUAUUGCUGUUAUAUAGUGUUGCUCUUGUUAAAUGAGCAUAGAAUUAUAAUUGUUUUAUUAUGUUAAUGUUAGGCCAGCAUUAAGUAAAUGGCAGCUUUUUAAAAAAUUGUUUGUUAAGCCUAUUAGUAUUUGUGAAGUUUUGUGUUCUAAGGCUGUAAUCCUGAGAUUCAAAGCAGCAUGUCCUUGGUAAAUAUUAACAAUAUUAUACAAACAACAGCCUAGUUGAUCUUAGGAGAAAACAUUGUGACACUACUUAUAGCUUGGAAUGUGUCACCAGGCACCAUUUAAUUGGUACUAACAUUUCCAGUGUCAUACACUCCAUCAAGUAAUUUUAGUGUACUAAUUCACUAUUAGCCUUUUUUUGUGAGUCUAAGACAAGAAAAAAUGUUAUAUGGAAAUUGUAGACAACUUGUAGCUAAUAUCUAUAGAUUAUUUUUGGAAAGGAGGGGGGGGGGGGUCAUUCCUUGGUCUUGUCCUUAUUAAAAUCCUUUACAUGAGAAGCUUUCUUCCCUUAUCCCAUAACCCAUCCCACCAUCCAUUACAUGAAUAUCUUCCAGUUUCAAAUAUAUAUAGUUAUAUAUAAAAGGGUGAAAUGAAUGUUAUGUCAGAAAAAUAAAUGUCCCACAUUGAUAUAUAAUGAUAUGAUCCUCAGAUUCUGAAACAUCACAAUGCUUUCACUGUUGUUUUUAGUGAUCUCUGUAUCAAUGGAUAGAAUACAUGCAUGAAAACUGACAGGAUAAUUUUGUACAGUGUAGACAGUAGAUGACAUAUUUUGUGUCUCACCUACAACUACAAACUAUAUGGAGAAAUGUUUUCUGAAUAGAUUGUGCCUUAUAAACUUGGUGGUAGUGCAAUGUUUGUUUUGGACUCUUUGUCUUACAUUGUAUAGUGUGUAUAGUGUGCAACUCUUGAAUAUACUGUACAUUCAGCUUGUAUUGUAUGGUGUGCUACCCUUGAAUAUACAAUACCUGGUUGAGACUUUCAAAUGUAAACACGAAUGCCUUGAAAUUUAAUACAUUUUCUAAUCAGAUUUUGACAUAGACAAAUUUGGUUGUUCUAUUCUAUUCUUAACCAAAUCAUUUUACCUUUAUCUCUGUGUACUUGGUGUUGGCUAGAACUUGCAAAUAUACAUAUAUAUAUUUUUUUUAGAUUUAACUGAAGUGUUUAGUGCUAAACAUUGAAAACAAGAAUAGGCAUCAACAUAUAUAUAUAUAUAUAAUGUGUGGUGGAUAAAGUAGUUUAUUUUUAUUUUAGUUUUUGUUGCUUCAUUUAGCAGUUAGAUCAAUCAACUGUUUUGUAAAAUAUUUUUUUUAACAUAAAAAGGAAAAUAAACUUUUACAUUUCUUUUUUGUUUUAGCCAUGAAUAGUCAUUUUUUACCUAUACUUUUAAAAAUAUUUUUUCCCCUUGGCAAAACAAUUUUUAUGCAUAAUUUUAUACCUGUCGCACCAUCUUUUUAAGUUGUACUAAUCGAAUAUUGUUAUGUAAAUAUUAUAAAUACGCCUGACACAAUAUGUAUGUUCUUUUCACAUUUGUACAUUUUAUGUUAAGCUUAACAAAUAAUGAAUCAAAUAUUGAUGUGUUAGUUUGGUAAAAGUUGAUACAGUUAGUGUUAUUGUUGGUGUGUCAAAGUUUUGGACUAUACAAUUAUUUUUUUUCUCUUCUGUGAAUGGAAAUUAAAAUGUGCUUGUAUGUAAAGAUUAGGCUGGAUGCUGACUUGCAAAGAUUUGUGAAGAAAACUAUUUGGCAACUGGGUUUAUUUGAUCUGAAUUGCUUAUUAAUUCUGUCAAACAUUUCUACACAUUCUAUGUACACAUUUGUAAAUAACCUGGUGAAAUACUGGACAGUGUAAGUCCAAAUAUUGCAGUGAUCACAAUAGUUAAUAUUUUUAUACUAUAUACUUUACUCAUAUUAUUAUUUUUUUGUUUACUGUAUUCUAAUUUUUCUUAAAAAAAAUGUUUUAUAUAAUUACAAUUGACACAAUUUGUGUUAGGCCUAAAUAAUUUCAAGAGAUAACUUUGUCUUUUUUUUUUCACUUAAUAAUUUUUUGGCACUAUUCUUUUUACAGUUUGAAGAGAUAACAUAGUCCACCUUAUUAGAUCUAACCUGCACAUGUUGCCUGCACAAACUAACGUGCACUUCAAUUAGGAUAAAUGUUUUCCUACUUGUAAUAAUAAGUACAAAGCUUAACUGAAUGUUUGUUAAAUCAAUAGGAAUACAUAAUAGACAUAAACUGCAUUCAAAACAUGACUUUCAUUAUACAUAUUUUUUUUUACCAACAUAACCAGAUCAGGACAAUUUUUGAAUCAGGCUACAGUUUAAUGUUUUUUCUGGAAUUAUUUUCAGUCUACUAACUUUUGCCGCAUUGCUCAUGGGAUUGGUUUGUGCUUAUAUUUGCUGUGUGUUGCUGUUCCAACCUGUACAUACUUAUCUUUGACCUCUUGUGUAUUUUAUAAACUUGCUCAGGAUUUUUUAAAAUUAUGUAAUUUGUUGUAGUGAUGUACACUACAUGUCAGAAGGAUUUUGUUUUUACAUUUUAGCUUAUUAGUGAAAUGUGAUAAAUAGCAUUUAAAAACAACAACAAUAUAUUUGUAUAUUUUUGUCACAUUUGUAUAAUCAUUUUAAAUAUAUAUUUCAACUCAGUAUAGUUAUACAUUGACCAUAGAUAUAUAUUGACCAUAGAUAGACAUUGACCAUAGAUAUAUAUUGACUAUAGAUAGACAUCGACUAGUUUUACAAGGCAGCUUGAAACUUUUUUUUUUUCUUUUCAUACGUUAUAAAUAAUGAAUAUUUUUAGUAAAGACAUAGCCGUGGGUUUAGCAGAGUUUUAAAUUUAAAAUAGUUUAACUUGCAGGCCUUAUUUGAAUCAUUCUUUCCAGCCAUAAGGGCCAUCCCUUUUAUUCUAGCUGAUCUUAACUAUUAAUGAUGAAAUGACAUCUGACAUAUAUUGGUUUUGGAAAUAUGUAUUUCAAGAUUUGAAGAUUGAUUUAUUUGAUAUAUUCUUUGAUAUCAGAGUUGUCUACCAUGAACUCUAAUAUUGACCUGAAGGGUUCCUAAGAGCCAUGCAAGAUGCAGAUUCGAGUGACAGAGCAACCCUAUUUGCAUUAUAAAUCUGUUCUUUAUCAAAUAUUACCAGCAUCGUGUUUAUUGGAGAUGAUCAUUUCUAUCCAGCUCUCUGUACACCAGCUCUUUACCCAACAGUUCAAGUGUAGUUGUGUUCAAUUCUGUUUGUGUUUGUUGUACGUUGUAUUUGUGUUUUGUUCAGUUCUAUUUCUGUGUGUUUUCGUUAAGUUUUAUUUGUAUUUUGUUCAGUUCUAUUUCUGUGUGUUUUCGUUAAGUUUUAUUUGUAUUUUGUUCAGUUCUAUUUCUGUGUGUUUUCGUUAAGUUUUAUUUGUGUUUUGUUCAGUUCUAUUUCUGUGUGUUUUCGUUAAGUUUUAUUUGUGUUUUGUUCAGUUCUAUUUCUGUGUGUACUUCUGUAAUUCACCUCUACAAGAUAAUACUUUCUACAUUUUCAUAUUGAAAGGUUUCAUGAGAGUCAAUGUUUUCUUUCUGUUUAUUUCAUGAUUUGAAGCAAAUAGAUGAAUGAAUAUACAAAGAAUAGUAACAUUACGUCGACUGAUGGAUAACCAUGUUGUACUCCUAGCCUGACUUCCUCUGUAGACACAAAAUGUCUUGGAGCAGAAAGUAAUUUCUCUUGCUGUCUUUCAAAAUGAAUUGUUCUGGUGAAAUAAAAUGUUUAAUUCAACGCA